AUGGAGAGGAACCAAAGAAAACGAAAGAAGGAAAAUGCUGAAGAAUUGUCAAUUGCCAAGGAAAAUGAGUUUGAGUGGAAACCAGAGCAUUGUGCACGCCCGAAAGGCAAAGUGAUUAAAAUUACUAAUGAGCAAGGAAAUGAGAAAUGUCAUUACGAGAGAUUUAAGUUUCGUGGCGGAAAAUAUGGGCUGGAGGACUCAGUGCUAUUAUUUCCAGAAGACGCAUCACAAAACCCAUAUGUUGCGAUUAUAAAGGAUAUUUAUGUACAAGGUAAGGAAAGAUACGUGAAAUUAGAAGUCCAAUGGUUUUAUCGUCCAGAAGAUGUGGAUAAAAAAUAUGUUAGAAAUUGGAAAUCCAAAGACUCAAGAGACAUCUUCUACAGUUUCCAUCGCGAUGAAGUGUCUGCUGAAUCUGUGAAGGAUGAUUGCACUGUGUAUUUUGUGCCAGAGAAUAAGCAAGUCUCAAACCAUGGCUUUAUUGUGCAAAGGGUUUAUAAUACUGAAAAUAAGAAGCUGAGGAAGUUCACUCAUCAUGAUUUUAACGAGCAGCAAAAACAAGAGCUUGAUCUUCUUUUAGAAAAGACGAUUUCAAGAGUUGGUGAUCUUCUUGACAUUCAGAAGACGAAACACACUUUUAUACCAAGGCAUAUGGAAUUAGUUCCGGAAAGGUUCAUUAGAAAUGUUGAAAGCACACAACCUGAAAGCAUUAUUGUGGUUAAUGCACCAGAUCUUCUUGAAGAAAAGACACUUUCAGGAGUUGGUGGUCAUCCUGACAACGAGAAAGAAAAAAAGACUUUGAAAUCAAGGCGUAAACAAUCUACUCCGGAAAGGUUCAUCAUUCAAGGUUAG